AUGCCCCGGCCCGGAGGGCUCCCCAACCCUGGGGAUGGGGGUGGGGUCUCGACCGAAGGCACCUUCGUACCUGGAUUUCUCGCGGCCUCCCCCAGCCCGCACCCUCUGCCUGGGGCCGGGGAGCAGAGGAGGACUGAGGGCAGGUGCGAGGCGUUUCGUCGGUCGCGCCGGUCUGGGAGGGAGGGGGACGCGUCCGCGGUGACGGAACAGAAGCCCCGAGAGCCUCGGCCCUUCCCACCACUGCCUGGGCCCCGCGGCCGCUCCGGAGGCGGCGGCGAACGCUCCACACCGCCGGUUCGGGGCGCAGCGUCGGCAACCUCGGAGCUCACCGGGCCGCAGCUCGCCCGCCGGCCGGGGGAACCCGGGGGAAGCCUCCGGGCCCAGGGGCGGCGGCGGGGAGUCCCCGCCCCGGCCGGCCGGCCCGCGCCUAUCGCGGCCGCCGGCCUGAUCACACGCGGGGAGUGGCGCCGCGGGCUGGGCCAGCGCCCGGCGGCUGCCGGAGUCGCGGCGGGCCGGGGCUGGGGGCCAGGCCGGGGCUCGGGCCGGGGCGGCGGCGGGCGGAGGGCGGAGCGGCCCAGCUCGCUCUUCUUCCCGGGCUGUCACUGUUUCCUGGGGCUGCGCCGCCAUGCCAGCCCACCCUGGAUCGACAACGACUGCGUGAUGAUCAGCACCAGACUGGUUUCUUCAGUGCAGGCUGUGUUGGCCACCGGGUCGGGGAUCGUCAUCAUCCGCUCCUGUAACGACGUGAUCACGGACAGGCACUGGCUUGCCCGGGAGUACGUCUGGUUCUUGAUUCCAUACAUGAUCUAUGACUCCUACGCCAUGUACCUCUGUGAAUGGUACCGAACUGGAGACCAGAGCCGCAGACAGUCCCUCACCACUUUUCAGAGCUUCCUAAGUAAAAACCGUCUCAUGAUCACGCACCAUGCGGUCAUUCUGUUUGUCCUUGUGCCAGUGGCACAGAAGCUUAGGGGAGACCUUGGCGACUUCUUUGUUGGCUGUAUCUUCACGGCAGAACUGAGCACUCCAUUUGUGUCGCUGGGCAGAGUUCUGAUUCAGUUAAAGCAGCAGCAUACCCUUCUGUACAAAGUGAACGGAAUCCUCACACUGACCACCUUCCUCUGCUGUCGGAUCCUUCUUUUCCCUUUCAUGUACUGGUCCUAUGGCCAACAGCAGGGACUAAGCCUACUCCAAGUGCCAUUCAAUAUCCCUUUCUACUGCAACGUGGCCAAUGGCUUCCUCAUCGCUCCCCAGAUCUACUGGUUCUCUCUGCUGUGCAAAAAGGCAACACGGCUCUUUGAUGCUCCCCCAGCCCGAAAGGAUGGGUAAUUGCUCUCCGGAGUCGGGCAGUGAGGGUGCCUCCUCACACCAGCUGCCUCCUCCACUCAAUCAAUAUUCUAUGGACCAAAUUGUGCCCUGGGUGGCCUCAGCCCUUGGGGUAUUGAUAAGCAGAGGGAGUUGAGGUUUUCUAAAGAAUAUUCAUAUUACCUCCCUCUUCUACCCCUUUUGCAAAAGCACUUUUUUCUUAGUAACUAUUGGCUUCUGUCAGAUUUCCACUGGUAGCAAGGUGGUUUCAAUGCAAGCCCAAGGAUCCUUCCUUGGGUCUUAGCUCAAAGGUUCUGGGAGGUAGAAGCAUGGGGUAUGGAGACAGGUAGACUAGGGUAGUAAGUGUUUGGGCACCCGCCUGGCCCUAAUAUUGGUGGCUACCCACCUUUCCAACCACUCAGGGCAGUAUCCACACAUACCGGGCCAGCAGAAGCAAGACUUGGUUCUUCACGUCAAUUCUUGUGAUGUUGGCCUGGGAAAAUCACUGUGUGUAGGUAGUUUUUUUACCACUUACUAGAUAACCCAUUGGUCCCAUGCCUCAUCUUGUCAUCCAUGUGCCAACACUGAAUUCUUGUGUCCACUGACUUCCAUUCAGAAGUCUCACUGGCAGCAGGGUAAGAGGUGGGGAAGGGAACCUACAGCACUUGAGUAGGCAGAGGCCGAUAGAUCAGCGCCUUCGUAGGCUGCCUUGGGAAGACCAGUGUCAAACAUGUGAGCUUGUUGUAAAGUCACAGAUGCUGUUCCUUUUUUAGCACGUUCCCUCAAGCCCAGCUUUCCCCGUAUCCACACGCACAGGAUGCCGUUGUUACGAUAGGGGUAAAGCGAACGGUGCCUAUCAAGCUCUUUACUGGGUAACCCUGCUUUGACACUGCCCUUUCCAUAUGACAUGGAAACAGGCUUCUGUAUUCCAGACCAUGAGAUGUCUCAUCCAGGCUGCCUGAUAAACCACAGCCUGUGUCCCAAAGCCUGUUCCUACAUGAGCGUACGGCCACUUUGCCACAGAAGGCUGGAGAGCAAGGGCGCAAGACAGCGCUGGCCAAAAUACAUCCUGUGGACUGACUCCUUCACCCGCCACUUGGAAAUAGGAUCCUCUGGUGCCAGUACUAAUCGUUCCUUAUCAACUAGGAUGGUUUUUAGAAACUGCUACCAUGAAGCGUUUUUUCAAGUGGUAGUAAAAAUCUAGAUGUUUUUAAAGUGCUUUUUAAUUCAUUGUUGUCCAUGAACUUUUAAAGUACUGGGUAUGUAACGGUGUCUCAAAUUUUGACUGUUUCAGUCUUUAAUGGGUGCCAUUUAAAAAACCUAAAAUGCUGUUAAUUUUUUUUUUUUUUUUUUACCAUUUUUAUUAUCGGUGUAUCUUUAUAAAUCACCCCUGUGGUGAUUAAAUUGCACUAAUAUUUCCCAGCUUCUUCUCAUUUGUGAAAUACAUCAAUACUGACUUCUUUCCAGA